AUGAAAAAGGACUCAAAUCGGAUCGAGAGUUGGAACACCGGCCGUCAGCCUCGACGCUCCGACAGGGUCAAUGCGCUGAGAUCGUCUUGGCGAUCAGUUGGAAGCUGCCGGCGCCUGGGUGCUCAAGUGUCUUGCGAGCCAUCGAGGAAAGCCCCUUUCGGAAGCCAAGGAGAUGGCUUGUUAGGCAGUUUGGGCAAUGCCCCGCCUUCGCCCCUCUACGCGGGACCGGGGUCCGGGCGUUUCGCCCACUUAGACCGGACCAAGACGGAGCCCACGAGACCGGACGUGUGCCACGGUGCUCAGCUGUCGUAG